AUGUACCUUAUCUCCGACCGCGUACACUUCACUUCUCCCCUGGUCCCCAAGUCGGCGAGAGGUGAGACGGACGAACGUGGCGAAGCGGACAGUCGAAACCAGGUAGAAGAUGGUCAUGACAACAGACCCGACUUUCUAAAAGACCCUUCUUAUAUCUCAGUCAUGAACUGGGUGCAAAGCAACGCUCGCCACCUCUCCCAACAAUCCGUGAAAGACCUCUUCACUGUCCUGUCUUGUGCCGGGUUCGAUCCUUCCGUGUUUGGGCAAGUUAGUGUCAAACAGCUCUAUCGCGCCCUGGACAAAAAAGUCAGCAAUGAUUAUGACGAUGGACCCAUGAUGGACAACGACGGCUCGCCCAUCCCACCCAACCCGCCUCCCCGUAACCUUGUAAAAACGGAGUCUCACACGAGGAAGAGGAAGAGAAGGGAGAGGCGGAAGCAGAAGCAAGACCGAGAGGAGAAGGAGAAAGAGAAGAGGCGAAGGAUGUGGUCCCGGUUGGAGGCGAGGUUUGGAGGUCAUUACGGGGUCCUGGGCCAUUAG